AUUCUCGUCCACAAUACUGUGGUAUUCGUCGCGAUCUGGCUCCACGCUUUACAAACGAGGAGGAAUUUAGAUGGAUCCCCGAGGUCUAGAGACCAGUAUUGGGUGAAAAUGCAUCUGAUGAGCUCCGUGGGUAAUUUGUUGAUAUGGCUUUCCGCAAUUGACGAAAUGUCUUGCUCCGG